AUGAGUGCAGUAGAAACGGUUCCAAAAGAUGAAGCCAUGUUUCGGUCCGCGGUGAUGUCCCUAGUUCAACUAUACAUACCUCAAGAAAUAGCAAGAGAUGCUGUCUAUACGUUGGGACAACUUGGCAUAGUACAAUUCCGUGAUUUAAAUUCAGAGACAAAUUCUUUCCAAAGAACAUUCGUUGAUGAAAUUAGAAGAUUAGAUAAUGUUCAAAGACAAUAUCGUUAUUUCUUCAAACUAUUACAAAAACAUAAUAUCCCAUUAUAUGAAGGGGCCAUUGAACAAUAUGAUCGCCCUAGUAAUUUGAACGAUGCGAACAUAAUGAGUCAAUUAAUUGUUCCUCCAAGUACAUCCGCAAUCGAUGAUCAUGUUCAAAAUGCUGCUUUGUUAGAGCAGAGAUUGGUCCAAAUGGAGGAGGCCACUGAGCAAAUUGAAGCUCAAAAGGUUGAUCUUGAACAGUAUAGAAUUGUAUUACAAUCUGGGGACCAAUUUUUUCAAUCAGGUGACUCCAUGGCUUUAGCUGCCACCGCAACAGUGGUAGAUUUGGAAGAUACUCUAAGACGUUCUUCCAUCACCAUUAACUUCGUGACUGGUAUUAUUCCAAGAGAUAAGAUUAAUACUUUUGAACAAAUCCUAUGGAGAGUACUAAGAGGUAAUUUGUUUUUCAAACAUAUUGAAAUCGAGCAACCAAUCUUUGAUGUCAAGACCCAGUCAUAUAUCGCGAAGAAUGCUUUCAUCGUUUACUCUCAUGGUGAUUUAAUUCUAGAUAGAAUUAAAAGAAUAGCUGAAUCUCUAGAUGCUCAUUUAUAUGAAAUUGAUAAAAAUCCAGAGAGUAGAUCCCAAAAAUUAUUAAAGAUCAACGAAAACUUGAGUGAUUUAUAUACAGUUUUACAAAGCACUACAACUACUUUAGAAAGCGAAUUAUUUGGCAUUGGUCAAGAAUUAAAUUCAUGGUAUCAAGAUAUUGCUCGUGAAAAAUCAACAUAUGAAACAUUAAACAAAUUUAAUUUCGAUAAGAACAGGAAAACUUUAAUCGCUGAAGGUUGGAUCCCUGAGGAUGAAUUAAGCUUUUUGAAAGAUUGUUUAGUUCAAAUGACUUCCAAGUUAGGUGUCGAUGUACCAUCAAUCAUUCAAGUAUUAGGGACUAAUAAGACUCCACCAACUUUCCAUAGAUUGAACAAAUUCACUCAGGCUUUCCAAAGCAUUUGUGACUCAUAUGGUGUUCCUCAAUAUAGAGAAGUUAACCCUGGGUUGCCUACUAUUGUUACUUUCCCUUUUAUGUUCGCAAUUAUGUUUGGUGAUAUGGGUCAUGGUUUCAUCAUGACUAUGGCUGCAUUAGUCUUUGUCUUGAAUGAAAAGAAAUUUGAUAGGAUGAAAAGAGGUGAAAUCUUGGAUAUGGCUUAUACAGGUAGAUACAUUAUCUUAUUCAUGGGUUUAUUUUCAAUGUACACUGGGUUCCUUUACAAUGAUAUAUUCUCAAGAUCCAUGACAUUGUUCAAAUCUGGUUGGGAAUGGCCAGAAGAUUUCAAAGCUGGUGAAAUGCUCUAUGCUAAGAAAGUAGGCACAUAUCCAAUUGGUAUUGACUGGGCUUGGCAUGGUGCUGAAAAUUCGUUAUUAUUUUCUAAUUCCUAUAAGAUGAAAUUAUCCAUUGUUAUGGGGUUCAUUCAUAUGACCUAUUCUUACAUGUUUUCAUUAGUGAACCAUUUACAUUUCAAGUCUAUGAUUGAUAUUGUUGCUAAUUUCAUUCCAGGUUUACUAUUCAUGCAAGGUAUCUUCGGUUAUUUGAGUGUUUGUAUCAUUUACAAAUGGUCAGUGGAUUGGAUAGGAGACGGAAAGGCUGCUCCUGGAUUAUUAAAUAUGAUAAUUAAUAUGUUCUUGGCGCCUGGUACCAUUGAUGAAGAACUAUAUCCUCAUCAAGCUAAAGUUCAAAUCUUUUUAUUGGGUAUGGCAUUACUUUGUGUUCCAUGGUUAUUGUUAAUGAAGCCAUUACAUUUCAAAUUUACUCAUUCAGAAAAGAAGAAUUCCUUCCCAACUGCCGAUGAUAUUGAAACACAAGCUUUGUUACAUGAUGAAAAUGAAGACGAAAUUGCUGAAACUGAAGGAACGAUUGCUGCAAAUAAUGAUUCUGAGGAAGGUGAAGGUCAUGGCGAAGAGCUUGGAGACGUCAUUAUCCAUCAAGUUAUUCAUACUAUUGAAUUCUGUUUGAAUUGUGUUUCGCAUACUGCAUCAUAUUUAAGAUUGUGGGCUUUAUCAUUAGCUCACGCACAAUUAUCUAGUGUUUUAUGGUCAAUGACACUUGAACUUUCCUUCGGUGUUCCUGGUGCUUUGGGUGUGUUCAUGACAGUUUCUUUAUUUACUUUGUGGUUCUGUUUAACUAUUGCUGUUUUGGUUAUGAUGGAAGGUACUUCAGCCAUGUUACAUUCUUUACGUUUACAUUGGGUUGAAUCCAUGUCUAAGUACUUCGUUGGUGAUGGUAUUCCUUACGAACCAUUCGUUUUCCAAUAUCUUGAUAUGGAAACAGAUGUUGCUAAUAACGCAGGAAAUAUUGCUGCAUAA